UGGGGGGCCACUGGUGCCGGGUGGCAGCUGCGGAGCUGGAGGCGGUGGCCGCUGUGCCCGGGAGCUAGCUGUGCUGCAGGAGCUGCAGCAGCUGCUGUCACUGCACAGAAGUAACCACUUGGGCCAGCCCUUCCUCACUCUCUGGAGAUGGCAGGCGAAAUCACAGAGACCGGGGAGCUCUAUUCUCCUUAUGUCGGGCUGGUGUACAUGUUUAACCUCAUCGUGGGCACAGGCGCGCUCACCAUGCCCAAGGCCUUUGCCACGGCUGGGUGGCUCGUCAGCCUCGUCCUGCUGGUAUUCGUAGGCUUCAUGAGCUUUGUGACAACCACCUUUGCGAUGGAGGCCAUGGCUGCAGCCAACGCCCAGCUGCGCUGGAAGAGGAUGGAGACCCACAAGGAAGAGGAUGACGAAGACUCGUCCACAGCCUCAGACAGUGACCUCCUUAGCCAAGACAACUACGAGAGGGCAGAGAAGCGCCCCAUCCUGUCUGUGCAGAGACGCUCGUCAGCCAACCUUUUUGACAUCACAGACCGGGUGGAAAUGGGACAGAUGGCUUCCAUGUUCUUCAAUAAAGUGGGGGUCAACUUGUUCUAUUUCUGCAUCAUUACUUACCUGUACGGAGACCUCGCCAUCUACGCAGCCGCCGUGCCUGUGUCCCUCAUGCAAGUGACCUGCAGUGUCUCAGGAAAUGACUCUUGCGGCGUGGACACAGACGCCAAAUACAACGACACUGAUCUGUGCUGGGGGCCCCUGCGCCGGGUGGAUGUCUACCGGAUCUAUCUGGCUAUCUUCACUGUCCUCCUUGGUCCGUUCACCUUCUUUGAUGUCCAGAAGACUAAGUACCUGCAGAUCUUGACCUCUCUGAUGAGAUGGAUCGCCUUUGCCAUCAUGAUUGUGCUGGCCCUGGUGCGCAUCGGGAGAGGACAGGGAGAGGGGCACCCGCCCCUAGCCAACUUCUUGGGGGUCCAGAACCUGUUUGGGGUGUGCGUCUACUCGUUCAUGUGCCAGCACUCCCUGCCGUCCCUCAUCACCCCCAUCUCCUCCAAGCGCCACAUCACUCGGCUGCUGUUCCUGGACUACGCGUUGAUCCUGGCCUUCUAUGGGCUCCUGUCCUUCACGGCCAUCUUCUGCUUCCGUGGCGACAGCCUCAUGGACAUGUACACCCUCAACUUCGCACGGUGUGAGGUCGUGGGCCUUGCAGCAGUCCGGUUCUUUCUGGGUCUCUUCCCCGUGUUCACCAUCAGCACCAACUUCCCCAUCAUCGCGGUGACCCUGCGCAACAACUGGAAGACGCUCUUCCACCGUGAAGGUGGCACCUACCCGUGGGUGGUGGACCGUGUGGUGUUCCCCACGAUCACCCUGGUACCUCCCAUUCUGGUGGCCUUCUGCACCCACGACCUGGAGUCCCUGGUGGCCAUCACAGGAGCCUACGCGGGCACCGGCAUCCAGUAUGUCAUCCCUGCCUUCCUGGUGUACCUCUGCCGCAAGGACACCCAGCUGACCUUUGGCUAUGGAACCGUCAACAAGCAUAGGUCCCCGUUCCGCCACACCUUCUGGGUGGCCUUCGUGCUGCUGUGGGCUUUCUCCUGCUUCUUCUUUGUCACAGCCUACAUUGUCCUCAAGGAGACCCAGCUCUGAUGGCAAAUGCAUCUGACAACAGGAGGCAGAGACAGCCCAGCCUCCCUGCGUCAAGGCAGGACUUAGCUGCCACCCAGGUCGAUGUGACGUGAGCGUGCUAGGCUGGGGCUGCUGGAGAAGGCCUUCUACGUCUCUAGCUGCUGUCCUCUCCCCACCAAGGACAUCACCCUGCAGGACAGCCCUCCUGCGUGGGAACAUGGUUGUCACACACAUUCCUGCCACUGGAGGCUGGCUGCCUCCUCUGCAGUGGAGGAGACAGUGCUGACCCUGCUGCUAUUUAUACUAGACCCCACGCCCCUCCUGCAUCCUUGACUGUCCACUAGCAGCUGCUGCCUCUUCAAAGGCGAAGCGCAGGCCCUGGCUCUCCUAACCUGGCCUGCUUGGGAAGGGUGGGGCCCUCCUGCCAAUCCUGAAAGUUGCUAAGUUGUUUUUCCCCCUAUGGGAGGCCUGGCCAGCUCUAGUGACAAGGACAGGAAGUGCUAAUUGGCACCAGGGUCGCUAGGCAAGAGCCGUGAGAACUUCUGCUGUGGGUGCCAGCCCUGGCACAGCAGACGGAUGAAGCAUCCUUCCACAGGGUGUAAAGCCCUUUGCUUGGGCCUCUGAGAGGGGCCCUCUGUCCCCUGGCUUCUCCUUUGGAGGCCAGGGGCCCUCUGAAGUUUGGGGUACCACUUGAGAAGCUGUCCUCAUUACCCACCACACACACACACACAACCACAGUGGCUGACCGCCCUGCACUUAGAACAGGGAGAGCACAGAGUGACCCUCUGCAAAAGGUCAGGCUGGUGUUAGGCAGCCCAGCUUGUUGCCUAAUUACACUGCAACACUAAGGUGGUGCCCUUAGGAGCCUGGUCACAGAUGCUCAGUGGCCAGCCUCUCCAAGGGGAUGUGUACCACCAUUCCUAUGGAAGGAGGCCAGUCUUCCAGCUGCCUCCUGUUGAUCAUGCUCGCACCCGCUGGGCCCAGUGCCUUGGAAUGAUGAGUGAGUGAUUGAUGAUCUGCAUUUUCGCUGUGCCUUCUGCUUUGGGCACCAGGGACCCUCCUGACCCUGACUUGCCCCAACCCUGGGCCUCGUCCCACCUGUCCUGGACAGAACUGCCUCUGGGGCGGAGGGUCUCAGACCCUGCCCCUCCCUCUUGAUUUCAGUGCCUUGCUCCACCCUAUUGAGGGAACUUGUGCAGCCCCCCUUCCCUUCUACGUCUUGCCAUAUUUAAAACUUAAACUCUGCUGUGUUGUUGGAUGUCCCAGAACCCAGGGGGUUGUGCAGAACCUGCCAAGAAUGUGGGACCCACUGGCAGCACCUGCCACCUCUGGCCCCAGCAUCCCUGCACCUAAGCAUCUCCAGAUCAAUGUGGGCCAGGCUGCACCUUCUCACCGAUGUCCCACAUCCAUAGUUCCAGCCACAUGGAAGACAGAUGUCCCUACGACAGUCUGCCAGUGCAGCAUCUUCCCAGGAGACCCUGCCCCACAUGUGUCAAGUAAGGAAAGUGAUACAGUAGCAAGCCCAGGAGUAAGGAACAACUGCCCAUCAACAUCCAUGCCUCAUCCCGCCCCCAACUUAGGCUGUGUGCUGAGAACUCAACUAAAACAUCUGUAUUUACCCUUCUCCCUCUUGCUUAAGGGCAAAGCAAAUUAAAUCUUCCUACUGCAACACACACACCUCACCCCACCCCCAGGCUCCAAACUGAAUUUUGGUGGAAAAUUCAUUAGCAUCAUAAAGCCGGAGUUGAUUUAUGUGGCAAUCUGGAGCCAUACACAGUGGCUGCCACAUUUCCCACCCCCAAGUUAAGUUAGGGAAAUCCCAGCCUAGGCAGGAGGAGGGAUGAUGCCAAGCCAACCCUUCCCGUUGUCUGGUUUCUUUGUUCCUUCAUCUCCACCUAUUGUCUGACCUGCCAGAAGUCAUGUAAGGUCACCUUCCUCACCACACCAGGCCUCUGUCACUGUCUCCUGUCUCCUGUCACUACCAGGAGAGUUGGGCACAAAGAGGAGAGGACUUAGCAUUUGUGGGUGUCAUUUGUCCCCUCCCCCCCCCCCCAGUCAUCAAGCACACUAAAUAUCUGUAUAUCACCAGGGUAAAGUGAUAUGCCAGGUCAUGGUAUCUGUUUGCAAAGAGGCCCUGGGGUUAGUGGUCCGGAGGACAGCAACAAGCCCACCCAGCCUGGCCCCAGAUCUGAGUCUCUGAGACUCAGCAGUUGUCACUGCCAUCUCUCUGCAUUGCUGCGGACCCGUCCUGAGGGCAGGGCAGGUCAAGGUGGGAAGGAUCUUUCUCCACAGAGCACCAGGCCCAGCUGGGCAUCAGCACAGCGCCAGGAGCUCUGGCUGUGCCUCACCUGAGGCCGGUAGAUGGGGCAGAUGGCAGGUGACAGGCAGUGAGGUACUGCAGAGCUGUAAACAGUGGCAGUGGGCACCAGGCCAGGCCCAAAGCCACACAGCUGUCCUCACCACAUGGGGCCAAGAGCAACCUCGGCAACAGGCAGUGGCUGUCUCUCGGGGCUCCAGACCCAGGGCCAGAGGAAGGCGGACGUCUAUCGAAGGAAUAAAGUCCCAAGCAAGUAAAGUGCAGGGGCUGCCAAGAAGCUGCCUGUCGACCUUCCUCCCAGGGGCACGCUGCUUGCCUGGCACAGUGCUGGAUACAUUGUGAGGACCAAACACUCAUAACCCCCAUACCCUGUGGCCUCUAAGCAGCAAGCAUCUGUAACCCUCCCUCUUGUAGGGACCUCCAGAUCAUAGGUCAUGGAAACGAAAGGACUGAGCUUAUCCCAGCACCGAAGUCCUUAAUAAAGCUGCUAUGACCCACA